AUGAACGGCUACCCGCCCGAGUUGCGGACGCCCCCGCUGCCCACCCUGCUGCUCGUGGGCCACCGCGAGCUGCACUCCCAGCUGAGGACGUUCUUCACGGGCACCCUGAGGCCGCCGCUGAACAUAAUCGGCGACCCGGACCUGGCCAACAUGUCCGACUACUUUUGCGGCCCGGUGAAGCCGGCGCGCAGCCAGAGAGCGCUUCCCGACGGCGUCAUAAAGGACGGCUGGAUCCUGAAGCACAGAAAUGAGAGGGCAGCGGUGUCUGUCGUGUUCGUUCAGAGGCAGUCAAUUGCUGGGGACCCUGCCCAGUGGAGCACAGUUCUGCAGCAACUGCAGCAUGUUCGCGACUGCAUCGCCCAGCGCAAUGGCAGGCUGGUUCUUGCAGUGGUGGCAGAUGAGGGCCAGAGGGAGGUCCCAUCAGACAGAAUCUUUGCCCUCAGGCAGUACCUCACACUGGAGUCCAGGUGUAUUCAGAUCCUUAGUGUGAGCAAGCCCAUGGGUCAGCCGCAGCUUCGGCAGGAUGAUAUUCUAGCACUAGGAGAGACAGUGCUUGAGCAGGCCUGGAGUUACUAUCAGUCUGAGGCAGCUCGUGUGGUGCAGAAGCACACCCAGCGGCAGCACAGCAGCCCUGAGCUCAGCACAUGGGUUGCGUUCAAGGUAGGCAUGUUGGCAGAGUUUCGUCAGGAUUGGGUGACGGCAGUGAAGCAGUACCAGGCUGCCUAUUCGCAUGCUUGCCAAGUGUUCUUGGGCAACCCAGUGAGCGUGCGGCGGCAUGUAGAGCUGACCCAAGUAGCAGAGCAGGUGCACUUCAAGCUGGUCAUGCUGCUGUUGCACCAGCACCGCCUGGACGAUGCGCUACAGCAGUUCAGGCUGCACAUGGCCAAGUUCCGGAAGAUUCCAGAUUUUUUCGGGCCUGGAGGCUGUGCCACCCACUGGAUGUGGGUCUCUAGGCAGUACGAGGCUGCAGCCGACCUUAUUCGAUCCAAGGUGGACCCUGAGGCCCUGGGCACACCUGAGAGGUCAGACUUCAACCCUGCCUACCUCAUGGGUUCUGCCGCCGAGGCAUCGAUUGAGCGCAGGGUGGUGGUGGAAGCCGCACAGGGUCUCAGGGACAAUGGGAUGCAGGGGUUGCAUGCCAGCCAAGUUGUGCAUGGCGACUAUGUGGGGCAGUUCAAAUACAAGACUGAAAUGGGCACCACAAGGGAUCUGGCAGACAACGAGUUGGAUGCCUAUCUCCUUUCCGUGGAGUCUGAACGUCCACUUACAGAGGCUUCCUUGCAGCUUUUGCGCCGCGCCUUCCAGCUGUAUCGUGGAGGUGGCUCUGACCGGCGUAUCUACAACCUGGGCGUGCUGAUGGCACGGGAGCACCUGGCUGCAAAUGACCCAGACAGUGCGUACAAGCUGCUGCUGCAGGUGUCACCUGCUUACAGAAGGGACGGGUGGGAACAACCAUUGGCUUCAUGCCUCGCCCGCCUGCGGGAAUGUGCACACCUGCUGGGGCUGACUCGAGAGCACAUCACCUACUCUCUUGAGCUGGCCUCCAUCCCAAAGGUGCUUGACAUGCACCAGAGGGAAACCAUGGCAAAGGCGUCGAUCGAGCAGCUCAUGUCUGAGCCUGUGAAGCCACCUGUGCCAGAGGCAGUUGCGCCUGGGAAACAGGACCCUGAGGAGGGCGACGGGUACGAGUACUUUGUGACAGAAGCAGUUGCACAGGAACAGAAGCAGCCAGCAAAAGGCAAAACUCAGAUGAGAAUCAACCAGGACUUUGGGUGGGGGCGCCUGCUGACACUGGCGGCAGGCUUUGUUCCUCCUGAUGAGCUUCCCAAGCAGCUGGAGUUUGGCCUGGCUCUCUACAGCCACCUCCCUGCGGAGCUGCCCAUCUGCGAUGUCGAGGUGGAAUUUGCACUGCCUGAGGGCGGCCGGCACAAGGAGCUGGCACUGAGAGAAGAAGAGAUGCCCAUGCCAAGGCCCACAACCCCCCCUGGCUCAUCAACAGCUGUGGUGGACACAUCCAGGACUGCAGAUCAACGUGCGGGCCCAGAGGAAACAAGCACCUCUGGAAGUUCGGGCUUGAAGCCUGGCUGUUGGAAUAGAUACUGGGUGAAGUUCGCACCAGGUUCAGCCGGGGAGAUCUCUGCCGAUCGGGUCAUAAUCCAUCUCAGCCAACACGCAAGGGUGGUGUGGUGGCUGUCCAACUCGCCAAUGUCCUGGGACGAGAGGGGCUGGCCGGAGGCUAGAGUCCUGCUCCCACCUUUCAGGAGCGCUGUGGGGCGGGAGCUGGCACUCGGUCUCUGCACAGUCCAUGUGGACCACGUGGGAGCCCUACCAAAGCUGCAGAUCACCGCCCCGAGGUACUCCCUCGUGGGCGAGACCGCAACUGUGACCAUCCGCCUGGACGCCCCCGAGAACAUGGGUACCUGCCACCUGUCCUUCAUCACUCAGGUCACUGAGCCUUGUGAGCGGCCCGCCCUUGUGGUGAUGGAGACGGGGGAGGCGGUGCAGGGCCCCAUGGAGAUAACUAAGCUGGAAAAGGGCACGGCGUGGGUCUGUGACUUCGGCCUGUGUUCGAAGGACCCUGGCCAGGUCAGCACUCGCCUGUUCCUCCAUCUAGCCACCUCCGGAUGCAUAGAGCGCACCUUCGAGGUCGCCUUUGAGCUGCCCUUUCAGCUGACCACCCACCUGGCCACCACCUCCCACAGCUACACCCUCAUGCCCCUCCUGCCGCCCGGUGGGCCCCUCCAAGAGGCCGUCGGCGGCCUGGGCACCAGGCCCGAGGCCCCGCCGCCACCGCUACUGCCAGUGGGGCGCCCGGUGCUUCUGACGGCCUGCCUGCAGUCCAUGGCGCCCUGCCAGCUGAGGCUGGUGGACGUGCAGUGGAAGGUGCCUGAGGGCGAAGGACUAGAGGCGUCGUCGGUGUGCAGUGCGCCGCCGAGCACGACCGUCCGGAAGGGCGAUCGGCACACGAUGCUCUUCAGGCUGUGCGUGCAGCGCCCUGUGGAGGGCCUUCAGCUCGGCAGCCUGGAGAUAAAGUGGCGGAGGUGCCAGCAGAUGGAGCUGGGCCUGGUGCCCUCCAUCAGCAUCGGCGCCAGCCUGGCCUCGGCCAUGAGCUUCACCUCCAUGGCAUCCAGCCUCGACGAGGACGACGACGCCUCCGCGCCCGCCAGCCCCCCGGGCCCCGCCGUCACCUGCCUGCUCCCCCUGCCCCGCAUCGACGCCGCCCGACCCCUCCUCACAGUGGAUUCCAACCCCCCUCCCAAGACAGCGGCCGGCCAGCCGUUCUCCUACACCUUGGAUUUCUCCAGCCACUCCAGCCAGCCCGAGGAUUUGAAGGUGGAGGUGAGGGACAGUGAGGGGUUUUUGUUGAGCGGUUCCAAGAGCAGCACGCUGACGGUGCUGCCGGGGCAGGCGGGACGGGUGGCUUGGAGGGCGGUGCCGUACGGCGCGGGCGUGAGCAGGCUGCCGGCAGUGCGCGUGGCGGCGCUGCGGUUCGGUAGUUGGGUGGACGUGGAGGGAGAGGAGGUGUAUGUCAUGCCGGCGGCGAUCACGGCGGGGCGGUGA